AUGGACGGCGAAGUUAUCGUAAUACCUCAGCGCCCUGGGUGCAUUGCAAUUGGCCUGACUGGAGAGAUCUGUAAGAUGGACGAGUCCUAUGUUGUCAAACAUCCCAAAGCGGUCCCUGGACAUCCCGCAUACAACGACCUACGGCUAGAAUUCAUGGCUACUGAGCGCCAGAUAUACGAACGUCUGGGGCCACAUGAAGGAAUUAUCCCCUACUUAGGACCUUUGGAUGACUCUGGGGCCAUCAAGCUGGCAUAUGCAAAGCAGGGGGAUCUCGAAGCCUACAUCUCAGCACAAGAUACGCCGUCUAUCGCAGUACGCAUUGCUUGGAUCCAGUCACUAAUGGUUGCCUUCUACCACAUUUAUUCCAACAGAGUGCUUCACCAAGAUGUCAAGCUAGAUAACGUUCUUGUCGACGACAACUCCCUUAAAAUCGCGGACUUUGCCAAUGGUGCAAUAUUCCCCCUUGAUGCGGACAUGGAAAAAAUCUACGCGGAAGAUCCAUUAUCAAAAGCUGAUCUACUGGGAAUUGGAUAUGAAGUGCCGAAGACAGAGGGUCUGAUAUAUCAGGAGCUGAUCGAUAGGUGCUGGAAGAACGAAUAUCACUCCAUUAAACCGCUUUACGAGGAUUUCCAGCGACUCGAGAGAGAGAAAACUACCCCGAAGGAGAACGAUGAGAAGCCCCGUGUGGAUUUCAUGUUAUGGUUCUGUCUUGUCCCCUCCCUCUUGUUCAUCUCAGGCCAUUAUCUUUCUGCGAGCUUUCAUUAA